AUGUCCCAAUUUAUAGGAUUUGAAGUUCAAGUGGAACUGAAAGACGGGAAACUGAUCACAGGGAAAAUUGCGAAAGCUACUAAUAAGGGUCUAACGUUAAAUAAUGUUACUUUUAGUGAUGGAGGUAAAUCUCAAGCCUUCAAAGUGCGUUCCUCGAGAUUAAAAGAUUUGAAAGUACUUGCCGUAGCCAAAGGGAGGAAAACAAAUAACAACUACAACAAUGAGAAAAGUUAUAAACAACAGAUUUCGGCCAAUAACACAAGUGUUAAUAAUAACAACAAUAACAAUAAUACCAACUCAAUCGACUGGAAGAAUGAUGAUGUGGAGAAGAUUAAGAAAACCGAAGAUUUUGACUUCCAAGGUAACCUAAAUCUUUUCAAUAAGAAAGACAUUUUUAACCAAUUGAAAGAAUAUGACAACAAUAAUAAUAUUACCCACUGUUAUGAUAAAGAUAGUUAUCAAAAUAAUGAAAUGAUUAUUUCCAAUUUUGAGCAUGACGAGGAUUUUUUUGAUGACGAUGAUGAAUACAAUUUUGAUGAUAUUGAUGAUCCAAAUUACUUACCAAUAACAAAAUCUAUUAACAUAACCCAUUUACUUCACUCUGCAGUUGCUGAUAAGAGGAGUAACAGUGUAAGCGGAAUUAGUGAGAACGAUACCAAUAUUACCGAUAUUAACGAUAAGGAUGUGCUGCACAACAUUGAGAAUUUAAUAUUAAAUGAAACGUUAUCUAAGAAUAAAAAGUCGCAACCAAAUAGACAAUCUAUUAAUUCAUCCACUUCAUCUUUACAACUAUUGCCUCAGCAACAAUUACAAUCUUCUUUGAAAGAUUCUAAGACAUCUCAAACUAUUCCAACGGCAACUGUAAUACAACUAUUGGAAAUUGAGAGGAUUAAUUUUGAAAAGUAUGGGAUAACCUCCAAUUCUUUAAUUGAAAAUUUUGCGAUCAAUUCUUCGUAUUUUAUUAAGAAGAAUUUGUUAACAUUUGAUAACAACAAAAAGAAACCAUUAGUAGUUAUAAUGGCAUCUGAUACAGGUAGGUCUGGACUUAAGUCGAUUAUUUUGGCUCGCUAUCUCGUACAAACCAAUAGGAUUGACGUUGUAUUAUUAUUUUUACCAUCUGUCAUGACUUUUAUCUUAUCAGAAAACCUGGAAAUUUCAAAGCAUCUGGAUAUAUUCACUAAAUGUGGUGGGAGAUUAGUGCACAACAUUCCCACGGUCAAUAACCGCAAUGGGCCGGAAAGUAAUAAUUCAUCUCACAGCUCUCAUAGUAAGAUUCAUCAAUUGAAGAAUAUAUUAGCAACAUUAAAUAAUCCACCGGUAGAUUUAAUCAUAGAUGGGCUUCAAGGAUUUGAUUGUAACCUAAUUGAUGAUUUUGAUUCUGAUUUAACGUACGAAUUGACUGAAUUAUUAUCAUGGUGUAAUUACCAAAUUUCUAAAUAUUCUACGCAAUGUUGGUCAGUUGAUUUCCCUUCAGGGUUUGAUUCAAGUACCGGCUUGAAGAAUUUUGAAAAUGCUAUAAGUAACGUAAAUGGUAUCAUAUGUUCCAAUUGGCCUGUAACUUCCAUUCUAACUUUGAAAAAGAGUAUGAACUUGUUGAAAAGAAUAGUUUUGAUUGAUUCAGGAAUUCCAAGCAACGUUUACCUGGAAAAGAAUUCCUUUAAGAAGUUCCAGACAGUUGAAGAUUUGUUUCUAACAGAAGGUUCCAAGAUGAUUGAAUUCUAG